AUUCCAUAAAAUAGUAUAGUUUCGAUGAAGCGCCAUCUGUAUCGAUUAUUCUUUAUUUUGUUCUUUAGAAGAAACGUAAAAACGUAUUUAUAUAAAAAUUAAAAAGUAAUAUUUUUCGCUAUUCAGAUAAUAUUGAUUAUUAAAAACUAUAAACAAUAUUUUCAUUAAUAUUAAUAUAUUAAAUAUAUUAUUUUUCGAUUGAAUGUAAAAACAGUUCUUGUUAUAUCAAAUAUUUUCUUAUUCUAUUAAAAAUAUAAUUGUUAUAAAAAAAUUGUUAAUAAUAACUAAUAAUUAAUAAAAAUAAAGGAAAUUUUAUGAAAUAUAUAAUUUUAUGAAAACACAAGUGAAUACAAAAUAUUAAUACUUAAUGAAUGUGAUAUAUUAAUUUUAAUUAGAAUUAUUUUAAACUAUAAAAAAUGUAUGUAACCAAAAAAAUGAAAAUAUUUUUAUAUUUAAUAUUAUGGAGGUUAUUUUCUGUCUUUAUGGUUCAAACUGCCCAUGUACCAGAUGAAUAUUGGCAAUCAUUAGAAGUUGCUCAUCAUUUAGCAUUUGGAUAUGGAUAUCUCACAUGGGAAUGGACUAUGAAAAUUCGUAAUUAUAUUUAUCCAUUUUUAUUAUCUAUCAUAUAUAGAAUAUUGACAUUGAUAUCCAUGGAUUAUGUAAUAAUUUUAACAACUAUACCUCGAAUUCUUCAAGCAAUUUUCAGUGCUUAUGGAGAAUAUAAAUUCUAUGAAUGGACUAAAAACAAAUGGACAUUGUAUAGUUUAUGUAUAAAUUGGUAUUGGUAUUAUUGUGCUACACGUACAUUAAUAAAUACUAUAGAAACUACAUGUACUAUGAUAGCUCUGUCAAUAUUUCCAUGGCGUGAUAACAAUAUUAAAACUAUAAAGUAUUUAUGGAUUGUAGGAUUCCUAUGUAUGAUUAGACCUACUGCUAUUGUUAUAUGGUUGCCAUUAUGUUUUUAUCAUUUAUAUACAAAUUUACAAAAUAAGUGGAAAAUAAUAUAUCAAUAUAGUGUGAUUUGCAUUAUUUGUUGCAUAACUUCAAUAUUAUUAGAUACUUAUUGUUAUGGUAUUUUAGUCAUUUCUCCUUGGGAGUUUUUUCGUAUGAAUAUACUUCAUAAAAUUGGAAAUUCAUAUGGUACGCAACAUUUAUUAUGGUAUAUUAUAUGUGGAUUACCAGUACUUUUAGGGUGUUAUUAUAUUGUGUUUUUAUUAUGUAUUUGGCAAAUAAUGAAACACCCAUCUUUUUUUCAUUAUCAAGCAGUUAUGUUAUUUGUUAUAUGUUGGACACUUACUAUUUAUUCUUUGUUGUCUCAUAAAGAAUUUCGAUUUUUAUUACCUCUAUUACCAAUGUGUAUAUAUAUAUGUACUUCUUGUACAUUCCAUUUAAAUAUGAAAUUUAUGAAAAAAGCAAGAAAAAUUUUUGUAGGAUUUUUAAUAUUAUCUAAUGUAUUACCUGGUCUUUAUUUUAAUUUAAUACAUCAACGUGGAUCAUUGGAUGUAAUGAAUAUUCUUCAUAAAGAAAUUGCUAAUAAUGAGAAUAUAAACAAUAUAUUAUUUUUAACUCCAUGUCAUGCUACUCCUCUAUAUAGUCAUUUACAUAUAAAUGUAUCUAUUAAAAUAUUAACUUGUGAACCUAAUUUGAUUAAUAACAUAAACUAUAUGGAUGAAACAGACAUAUUUUUUACAAAUCCAAUGCAAUGGUUGGUUGAAAAUUAUGAUAUUAAUAAAAAUAUUACUAUUCCGAAUUAUAUAAUAUUGUUUGAUAAUAUUGUACCAAAAAUAGAUCGAUUUUUAAGUCAGUAUCAAUUGUUAUCAGAAGUUUUUUAUACACAUUUUCCACAAUCAAAUUAUGGAAAAUAUAUUUAUAUAUAUAAACAUAAAUGAACAAAUAACUUCAAUUUCAAGUUAAUAGAAUAACUAGAAUAACUUAUUAUAAUAGUUAUAAGUUAUACAAUAAUAAAAAUAAUAAAAUUAUAAAAUAAAAAUAAUUAAAUUUUAUAGUUUAUCGAAUGAUGGAUUGGAUAAAAUGUAAUAACCAAAUAUAAUAAAUAGAAAAUAAGAAAGGUCAAAAAAAAAUCAAAAAAUUUUUAUUAAAAUCAUAAUUUGCAAAUAUAAAAAGCUGCGAUAGAUAAUACGAUAGAUUGUUAUUCGAUUUUUAAUGAUAAAAAAUUGAAUUGAUUGAAAGAUUAAUUUAUAUUAAAUAGUUUCGAAUUUUAGAAUCUUUAUAUGUACAAUGAUAUUGAUUUCAAUAUUAAUUAUAUUAAUUGAAUAAGGAUUUUUUGUGAUAUUAUUUUAUAAUAUUAAAUAUCAAAAUAUUUAAUUAUUAUAUUGUUUAUGUGAAUAUCAAUAUAAAGUUAUAGAAUUAGUAAGAAUUAAACAUAUAUAUAUAUGUUAUAUAUAUAUAUAUAUAUAUAAUAUAUAAGAAUUAAACAGAUUGUUAUUUCAAUUGGCAAAUAAUUUUCAAUAAAGUAAACAAAACUAAUGAAAA